CAACGAUGGCCGCGCUGGCGAUCGUCUUCCUCAACCCCAAGAACGAGGUUCCCGAGUGCUCGUACGAUGCAGCCGCGAUGCUUCGGCGCGCUGGUAUCCCUGACGUCCGUGUCAUGUCCAUGGAGGCCAUUCCCAAGGCGCUGGCGGUAGCGGACCCGGCAACGACAUUGUAUGUGCAGCCCGGUGGCGGCGACGACGUCGAUACGUCGUUUGCAACCUUCUUUGCCAACAACCGGAAGCUCCGACCGUCCGUUCAGCGCUUUGUGGCUGACGGCGGAGUGUACUUGGGCAUCUGUCUCGGCGCCUAUGCUGCCGGCGUCGAGCAGUUCGACCUCGUCCACGACAAGGACCAUGACCCGUUCUUUAGCUUUGACGAGCUCGACGACGACGAAGCGCGGAUUGUUCCUGUCGAGUUCAACAGUGCGCGCUAUAUGACAUACCACCAAGGCGGUCCCGACUUGACGCCGAUGCUCGACGUUGGCGCCGAGCGGUUUGGGGCGUAUGUCGGCCGGCGCACCGCGCCCAUCGGUGUCAUUCUUCGGUACUGGAGGAGCCCGCGGGGCACGAUCGGGCUCUUGAGCCCGCACUUCGAAGCAACCGACGAGUGGGACGAUGCGGAACACGGGCGUCGCGCUGGUGACUGCUCCGUGCCUGCCCUCGCCUUUCUGUCGCAGCUGGCGGCCGCUGCUUCCCGGCACCGCGACGCUGCCACGUGUGAUGGCGCGAAGCCCUUAUGUUUGUAGCAAGACACUGCAUCCAUUUGCAGAAAACAAUUUGUUUCCAGUGUUUUUCUAGCAUUACUCUCAGC